UUUUCUUCCCGCCUCUCAAGCCUCUACUCUCUCUCUCUCGGCUCUCUCAUUCGCCGACUCGCGACUCUGAUCAGCAAAUCGAAGAGGCAUCGACGGACAUGGUGACGCGACACGGCAUCAAACUCGCCGUAUAUCUCAUCUCGUCUUACUUCGGCGAUCUCGUCUCUAAAGUAUGCGAGUGUCUUCUCCGCAGAGGAACCCUAUCCUAUGCAAACAUUAUACGGUUCACAGAGCUCAACAAAGUGCAAGUCAGAAACGCUCUUCUCGUGUUAAUCCAGCACAACUGCGUCCAAGCCUUCGCUAUCCAACAAGAUGGUGGAUUUGGAGAGGCGCCAAAAAUUGUAACUCAAUACAUGGCGUUGUUUGAUAACAUAAUCCACCAUAUGAGGUUCCCCAAGUUUCUGGCCAUUGCCUCUGAAGAAUUUGGUAAAGAAUGCGAAGAAAUCCUUGAAGGCUUGCUUCAACAUGGUAGGCUUUCACUUAAUCAGAUUCUGGAUAGGCAUAAGGAGACAUCUCAUCAAAGCGAAGGAAAUCAUACAGCACAGGAUGCUUUACAACAACAUUUCAGUAAGCUCAUCAAUUCUAGAUUUGUUGAACGCUGUCCAGCCCAUGAGCCUUUUCUUGCACCUCCAGUAGAGGAAGAAACUACAGUGAAGAAACGUGGUGCAAAAUCUGCUAAGGUGAUGGAAGAAUCACAGACUAUUGAACAACGUGCUUUAGAGGCAGCAGCUCCUAUGGAAGCAUUGAGAUUCCUAGUUGAAUCACAUGCUGAGACUGAUGAUCAUGGACAAGUCAAUGAGGAAAACCCCACUGGCAUGACAGCUGGAGAAAAGGUUGGUUCAGAGUUGGAUACAGAAGGUGCGAAUAAGAGAAAGAAAGAAGUUCUGUGGCGUGCAAAUUUCGAAGAAUUUGUAAGACGCCUUAGGCAUAAGGCUUGCAUUGAAAAUGUAAGAACACGGCUUGAUGAUGGAACUGCUAUUGUACUACGUGCAAUUUUGGAUGCAACUAGAAGUGCAGAGGUUAAAGUUAAAUUAGAAGAAUCAGUUCCUCUCUCCAUGAAUACUAUUUUUGAAGAGGUGAUAAAGAAUGAAGAAGGUCGUACCAUGACAUUAGAACAUGUCAGAGCUGCUUUAGUACAAUUGGGUUGUCAUCUUCCUGCAAUAGGGAUAGAUGAAACUUAUAGCAUAGAUUUGAAGAGCAUUAUUGAACUGGCUCAGAAUGAGGAGGUGGAAUCAAUUGUGUUGAGGAGAUACGGGAGGGAGGCUUAUAGGAUGUUCAGGUUACUCUCAAAGGCUGGUCAUCUACUGGAGACUGAUAAGAUUUCAGAUUCCACUUUUGUUGAAAAGAAGGAUACAGCAAAGAUUCUAUUUAAGCUCUGGAAGGAUGAUUACUUACAUAUGGAGAAAGUGGUUACAUAUGGAAUUAAACAGUCGCAGUUCCUGUUGUGGAAAGUGAAUAAGCGUACUCUUUGGGAACAUGUUUUAGAUGAGAUGUACCAUGCUGCAUUAAAUUUGAGACUACGAAUUGCACAUGAGCAAGAACAAGAAAAAGAGUUAAUGUUGACCACCUGUACUCAAAAGAAAAUGUCGUGCUUAAAAGAAAAUGUCUGUCCCAUAUCCUUCAACUACAAAGAGAACAGCUUGUAGGGGAAUUGGCCAAGAGAUACAGGCGCUGGAGAAAAGUCAGGAUUGUUUUGGAAUCUUCCCUGAUGAAGCUUGAUGAUGCUAUUAUGCUCUUCCAUGACUUUUAAAUGUAAUUUCAUGAUGCCUAAAUCUGCGGCCUAUACACAUUUAGUUAUGUGAUUUUGCUCAAACAAGGUCAAAAUAAUGGAGGGCUGCGAUUUUAACAUCCAAAUUUUCAGCCAAAAACAAAAAAAAUACAAAUCCAAAUUGACCUUCCAUAA